UUGUGAGUUGUUUGUGUUAGUAAUAUUCCAAGUAAUAGUUUUCACAUUACAAAUAUUUUAAAUAAAUCCCCUAAUAAGAUGUUUUAACUGCUUCAUUUGGAACUAAUUAUGAAAACGAGGACUGUAAUCAUUCUGUGGAAGCUGUGAAACAUUGGUUACGUACAUUGUUUACAUUGGGAUUUUAACUAAAAUGGCAGAAUCCGAUUUAAGAAAUAUGAUAAUGAACUUUAGAGUGAGUGAUUUACAAGUUCUCUUAGGUUUCGCUGGAAGAAACAAAACUGGGAAGAAACAAGAACUGCAAGGGCGUGCGUUGGACUUAGUUAAAAUCAAAUCUCCAGCUGUGGAUAUGAAAGUUCGUGAACUCCAUGGUCGACGAUAUCAUAACCAGAUAGUAAGAACAAAUAGCUAUGAAGUAGGGGAUAGAAAUGUAAAUGACCGUCCGAUGCCCCACUACGAUUCCUCCAUGAAUAAUAAUUAUCCUGCUCAUUGCAAUUCCACCAUUAGGCCUACUGUAAAUCAAGGACCUAUUGCAAGCUACUCUUCUGGUAAGCCAUAUAUGCCUCCGAUCCAGACAGCUAAUUCCCAUUCAAGCUUUUCUCCAUACAUUGAUGUGAAGUUCAAAGAAUUGCCAUUCUAUGACGUGUUACAUGUGUUAAUGCGACCGUGUAGUUUAGUUGCUGAUGUUGCUGAAAGAUUCCAAGAAACUAAUUACUAUUUUACUCUCACACCAAAGCAAGCUCAUGAAAUAGCGGUUUCGAGAGAUGCUACUGGUAACUUUGAAUGCCAAAUUUUAUUGCGAUUUUGUUCGUUGGAUACCAGCUGUGAGCAAGAAGAUAAUUUUCCUCCUAGUAUCUCCAUUAAAGUGAAUGGAAAGAACGUAACGUUACCAAAUCCCAUUCCUACCAAUAGACCUGGUGUUGAACCAAAGCGACCGAGUAAGCCUGUGAACAUAACUCACUGCACUAAACUCUCUCCUACUGUUAACAAUUUGGUGAAUGUUUCUUGGGCAACAACAUAUGGUCGUUCUUUCGCUGUUGCUCUGUAUAUAGCUCGCCAGUUGAGCUCUCAAACGCUCCUCCAACGAUUAAGAGCGAAUGGAGUGGGAAAUCCUGAUCACACAACAGCUAUGAUAAAAGAAAAACUACAACAAGGUCAAGAUUCGGAAAUCGCCAUGACAAGUUUGCGUGGAUCGUUGCUGUGCCCCCUUGGCAAAAUUAAAAUGGAAAUGCCUUGCCGCGCCAUCACAUGCAAUCACCUCCAAUGCUUUGAUGCAUCUUUAUACAUUCAAAUGAAUGAAAAGAAACCCAAGUGGGUUUGCCCCGUUUGUGAUAAACCUGCGGUAUUCAAAAGCUUAGUUAUCGAUGGACUAUUCAUGGACAUUGCUACAAGAGUGCCACCAGAGUGUUCAGAAGUAGAAUUUAAUGAAAAUGGUUCCUGGACUCCAAUUUUACCUGUAAAGGAACCAAAAGAACCAAAAAAGGCAGUAGUUGAAAAAGGACCUCCAAAGGCUGUUGAAAUAGUGGAUGUCAGCUCUGAUAGCGACUCGGAAGAAUAUUGGCCGUAUGAUGUAAAACCUCAACAAGAAAAUAUACCACUCGUGACAAAUGGCGAUGUCACACCACCUGUUGUGUAUUUGCCCAUUGACCCGAAUGAAAUUUCGAACCUCCCUAUUCCGGUGACUUCAACGUAUGCUCCUCCUUCGACCAUAACUCCGAUGGGUUCUGAAACUCUCUGUAUGCCUUCUGCUUUGCCAAAUGAACCUGCAGAACCAGUCUGUAUUUUGCCAGAUAUCAAUGUGGGUGUUCCAGAUCCUUCCCUGCCCUCGACAUCUUCAUCGGCUGCAAAUUUAGGAACAUCGCAUUACUUACCGAUUUCAUCUUCCCAGUAUCCACCAUCUGAAGCAGCAGCUUACAGUCAAUCGCUGUCUAGUUCGUACCAAGAGACUCAAAAUUUACUACAUAACCAACAUAUGUCGUCUUACAAUGGAUUUGAUCUUUUCUCUCUGUUAGAAACACCUGUUGAACCGCAUAAACUUAGAGAAUAUGAACAAAAAGAAGCACCAGAUGUUAUAUCGUUAGAGUAACUUUCCACAGUCAUUUCUAUUUAUUAUUUGUUUGUCAAAUUGGAUAAAAGAAUUAUGAAUGUAAGUAUUGAAUACGCAUUUCCUAAUUAAAUUUGUAACAUAGUUUGUCUUACUUAUUGUGCU